GACGUAGAUGCUCAGUUGGAAUCGGAAUGACAGUUUUGUCCUGCACCGCCCUUUGCUGUCUGCUAGAAUUGACGUGAACGUGCCCUUCAGCCCAGGGUGUCAAUUGCAGUUGACAACAAUGCGUGCUAAUGGGCAAAAUGUCAGUCGCCUUUGGUGGCUGAUUUCAUCUGCUUAAUUCUUAUUGCACCAACACCAUAUGAAUUUAAAUGGUGUGUUCCGACUAUUGGGGUCACUUCAAACAGAUUGUUGCCAAGAAAAUGUUUGCAUUUAGUUCCCCUUGAAAGAGCGAGGACAGUAUGAGGUGAAGACACCAAGAUCUCCAUCUUCCCCAAAGUACUAAUGAAUUCAUUUCAGAAUGCAAAACGCUUUCCUCACAAGCAGCACACUGGGAAUCUUCCACUCAGGAACUUGUCCGACGUGAAAAAGAAUUAAAAGAAGAAGAGACCAUGAGUAAUCCCGUGGAGAAGAUUUUGGCUGAGAAGAAGGAGGCCAUCGAGGCAGCUAUGGACAUGUUGGAGCGCGGCGCCGAGGUUGUGGCCAGCGCGGUCGGGGAGCUCUUCCCGCUGUGCCAGGCCGCCGCUCCGGUUCUGCGUCUGGCCUUGGACAACGUCCACAGCAAGGAGGUCUUCUACGUCAAGGAGCAGUUCCUGACCGUCCGCAACAGUCUGGACCUUCUUUCAGGCCAGCUGGAGGACAUCGAUUGCGAGAUCAAGAAGGCCCGGCUGGACUCGCAGUACUUUGCCGUGGAGGAGAACCUCCGCAAUCAAUUCAGGAAGUACAUGGACAUUAUCGAGGCCAAACCGCAGUUUCGGGAGGUCAAGACCAAGUUAUUCCUGGAGCAUUUUUCCAGGAGUGGUGGCGAGAAGAAUUUAUUUGUGCUCUAUCACGCACUCAUGGGUAACAGCAGCUUUGGAGAGUCCAUUCUGGACGUGGUGGAAAGGUAUGUCUCCAGGAACCGUCGCCUUCUGGAGGACUUUUGCGUGCGCAUGAAGGAGCUUCUCUGCUUAGGCCUCAUUGCUCUGAUGGGACACACGGCCUUGACCCAAAACCACCAGGAGGAAGAGGAUAAAAUCCAAGAGUGGAGCCGCAAGAUGGACGAGAUCGAACUCCGGAUGAAGACCACCAUCCAAUCCUGCGUGGACGCAUUUCCAGAGCAGGCCAAACUGGACGCCCAGCACUUCCUCCAGGAGAAGCAAAGCGACAACCUUCAGGAGACCACCCAGCAGCUCUUGGACUUCCUGGUCAAGAAGUACGACUGGGUGAGUUGGUCGGUGCGCCUCAUCAACCACUCGGGGAGCACCUACCGCAACUGGAGGGCCGGGGAGCGCUUCCACCACGUGGUGGGGCGCAACUGGUUCGAGGUUCUGCAGGUCAACAACAUCAACCUGGUGGUGUCGUUCAGCACCGGGCCCCAGACAGUGCCCAGGGAUGCCAUCCUGGAGAUGAUGGAGGGCGCCGCUCGCAAGGGCAACGCCCCCACGGUGGUGGACGUCCUGGAGAAACAGAUGAGCGGGUUCGUGGUUCACGCCGUCAGCCGCCACAAGGAGUCAGCGGCGGCCUGGAGUUUCCCAGAAGAUUGUCACUACUGGGAGAGGCACAAGAACGUUGCUGUGUGCGUACACGCUGAUUGAAACUCGAAAACAUUCCAAAGUGGGAUUAAAUCUCAGACCUUAACUGUCUAAAUUAUAACCAUGACCAUUGACGAAAAUACCCUAGCCCAGCGGUCCCCAACCCUCGAGCCACGGACCGCAACAGGUCCCUGGGUCAUUUAGUACCGGGCCGCACA